CCACCCAGACGUUAUGAAAAAGGUGUAGCCUACACUUUCAUUCCAAUAUCACAGGGGUACAUUUGACUGCAUAUAUCUAUCUACAGAUACACACAUCUCAUAAGUUUACAUACCCAGGCAGAAUUUGUGAAUUGUUUUUUUAAAUACGACUGAUGACUGAACAACAACCAUCAUUAAUUUUCAUCAUUAACUUUAUGGUUAUGUUUUGUUUAAUGAUAAUGCUUUUCUGAAAUGCUUGACAUUUUAAUUUGAAUCCCAUUAAAAUGUCCUUCACCUGGUCCUUCAAUUCUUUCUUUAAAGAAUUGUACACAUCGUACAAAUUCUGGCUGGGUAAUCAAACAUAUGAGCACAAUUGUGUUUUCUCAUUUAUUAAAUAAAAGGAGGGCUGGGAAUUUUAAAAUAAGAGCAAGUAAAUAAAAAGUAUUACAUGUUCAAAUAAAGUGCUUAACCUCAGAAUAAUUAUUUGAAAAAAAUUAACAAUACUGAUAAUACUUAAUGUUUUGAUAAUUUGGGUAGAAGCAAAUGCAUGCAUUGUAAAGAUGCAUUGUACAUAAGGAGAAGGGUUUUCCAGAAUUUUUAGGUCAAAAUUGGGGGUGCGUAUUAUACAUGGAUGUGCAUCAUACACGAGAAAUGACGGUAAUUGUGCAGCCCUAAGUCAAAUUAUAUUUUGACAUAGGACACCUUAUUUGAAAGCAGCUUCACAAUUCUUACAUCCAUUUAAGUUGUGAUUUAAAAAAAUCUUUUUUUUUUUGGGGGGGGAGAGUUUCUGCUUGAAUUUCUUUCAGAUGUUCCAUUGUCAGGCUUAAAGAUGAUUUUAUAAUGGAAGCACAGUUCUUCUUUUGGUACCAUGGAAGAAAGUGGUCGUCAGUCAGGAAGUCUACAUACUUUUCAAAAGUAGAUUUUACAGCUUCAGGCACCCUAAAAGUUGACUCAGCAAAGAUAGACAGAGAAGCCAGAAUUCCCACAGAGACGUUGAAUGGCUUGAAAGAGCUCGGACUUUUUGGAAUCCAGGUUCCCGAGCAAUAUGGAGGUCUUGGAUUGUCCAAUACCAUGUAUGCACGACUAGCUGAAAUAAUCUCAUUAGAUGGCUCUAUUGCAGUGACACUGGCUGCUCAUCAAGCAAUUGGACUGAAGGGUAUACUAAUUGCGGGGAAUGAAUCCCAGAAGAAGAAGUAUCUGCCCAAAUUAGCCUCAGGGGAACACAUUGCUGCUUUUUGUUUGACUGAGGCUGGAAGUGGAAGUGACGCAGCCUCCAUUCAGACGCGAGCAACAUUGUCAGAUGAUGGAAAACAUUACCUUCUCAAUGGAUCAAAGAUUUGGAUUUCAAACGGUGGAAUGGCUGACAUCAUGACUGUGUUUGCACGGACUGAGGUAGUUGUCAAUGACAUGAAGAAAGACAAGAUUUCUGCGUUUCUUGUUGAGAGAGCUUUUGGAGGCAUUACUUCUGGAAAACCUGAGGACAAACUUGGCAUCAGAGGAUCCAACACUUGUGAAGUGUCAUUUGACAAUGUUCCAGUGCCGCUGGAAAAUAUUAUUGGACAAAUAGGGGAUGGAUUCAAGAUCGCCAUGAAUAUACUCAACUCUGGAAGAUUCAGCAUGGGAAGUUCUUCAGCUGGAAUGAUUAAAAAAAUCAUUGAACUGACCUCUGAAUAUGCUGCAACAAGGAAGCAGUUUAACAAAAGCUUAAGUGAAUUUGGUAUGAUACAGGAGAAAUUUGCAGUCAUGGCCCUGAAUGCCUUUGUGAUGGAGAGCAUGGCAUACCUGACAUCAGGAAUGAUGGACCGACCUGGACUACCAGAUUGUUCUUUAGAGGCUGCUGUGGUCAAGGUGUUCAGCUCCGAGGGAGGCUGGAUUUGUGUCAGUGAAGCUCUUCAGGUCCUUGGAGGUCUGGGAUAUACAAAGAACUACCCAUAUGAGCGUUACAUCAGGGACUGUCGUAUCCUGCCUAUCUUUGAGGGCACCAAUGAAAUUCUGAGAAUGUACAUCGCUCUUACUGGAAUGCAAUAUGCUGGCAAUAUUCUCACAGGGAAAAUAAAGGAGAUGAAGAAAGGAAAUAUCGGUCUGGCUUUCGAAAUGAUUGGCAAAAAAUUGAAGAACUCCUUUGGAAGUGUAACAAACAGUGCCCUUUCGGGAAAGAACGGAGUUGUUCAUCCAAGCUUAGCUGAAAGUGCACAGAAGUUUGAACAGAAUGUUCAUCUUUUUGGAUCAACUGUGGAGAGCCUGUUGUACAGAUAUGGAAAGACAAUCGUGGAUGAACAGCUCAUUCUGAAGAAAGUAGCAGAUGUGCUUAUCAACCUGUAUGCGAUGACAGCUGUCCUGUCUAGAAGUAGCCGUUCCAUCAGACUCGGCCUGAGGAAUCAUGACCAUGAGGUGUUGCUCACAAAUACCUUCUGCAAUGACGCUUACUUCAAGAACAAUUACUGGAUGACUCAGUUGCAAAAAAACUCGCCUGAGAACAAUGAUGCCAGCAUUAAGAAGAUUGCCAAGGAGGUCUUGGAGAAUAGGUCAUAUAUCUGCUCUCAUCCUCUUGAAAGGACAUACUGAGUUCUCCCAUGUGCAUCCACUACUGUUUGAUGUUUCAAUGUACUAUUGCUUGAGUGCAAAUUUGGUCCAUCUCUUUACAGAGGAAAAGAUAGAUUGUGGUAAUUGCUGCCUUUAUGCUUUACAUCACAAAGUAAAAUUUGUUCUUUUUUUUCAUGGAACUGAUAUCAUCUUGAGUGCUUGUUAAUUUGAGCUUGUGUUAAAUGUAAAAUGAGAAAAAAAAUGAAAUAAAGAAGAUGGAGGUAAGAUAAUAAAGUCAGGGUUUUGAUCACAUUAAUGAGCCGUUAUGUAAACUAAGUGGUCCUAUGACCAUUGUAACUGCAAACUGAAGAAUGUGUUGCUUUUUCCUGCUCAUUUAUCCAACAAUGUUGGUUAGAAGAUUAUUCAUGGUCCAAGUUUGAGGCACAUCCCCAAAGCACAGAUGGUAUCAUUCUUUUGGAAUGCAAAAAAGAGACAGUCAUUAGGGUGCCUGGCAGAUCCCAAAAGAAUGAUACCUUCCAUGGUUUUGGGGUGUGACUCCAAUUUUGAGCACACUGUAAAUAUUUGAGUUUCUCCACACCAACCCAGGCAAGUGCUGUCCUAAGACCUGGUACAAACAAAGUUUUUUCCACUCUCAAAAUGUUAUUUUUUUUUAAUCUCCUACAGGCCCCGCACACAAUGGGGGGGAAAAAAAAUAAAAAAUCAGGCAUUCAACAA